GUGCCAAUGUAAGAGUUAGGUAUUUGAUGUGUGCGAUGUUAAAGGUCCAAGAGUGGAAUAGGCUUUUGGGUUGUUAAUAUUAUACCUUCAAUUUGUCUAACUAUCUAUCCUUUUGUUUCUUUGUAAUCGUGUAGUAGUGUUGAUAUUGUAACCAUGUGUUUGUGUUGGUAAUAUGGAAUCCGAAAUUUUUCUAUUGUUCAUCUUGUUCUUGUUUUGUUGCUACUGUUUUGGUGUUAUUACGCCCUUGUGCCUUGUAUUCUUCUUGUUGGUAGCAAAUCCGAGAGGGGUCACCAAAAGAGGUCCUCGAUUUCUUGGCUAGUGGACUGAUUUUGGUGUUUGUUUUGUGUUUCCUUGUCUUACUUGUAUCAAGAACGCAUGUGUAUUGUAUUUGAUACUAAUAAAUUUUUUGUUGUAUUGUCACAUCCAUCAACCAAGUUAUGCAAUUCACUAGGAUGUGAAAAUUCUUAAAACUCGAUAUGGCAUAAAGUAUGAAAAUACUUUUUUUUGUGGAAAGCUGCUCUGGUCAUCUAGGUCGCACCUCAAUAAAUCCAUGACCAGACUGCUACAGCCUACAAGAUUAAGCUUUGGAUACACCUACCCACCAAGAUUGAAACAAAUUUGCACAAAUAAAUUGAAGUAGAUGAAUUAAAACUUGGGAUCUCUACUUGACUGCAGCAUAAAGUGCAAAAGCAAUUCUUUUGCAUGACUAAAUAGGAAGCCUCAAUUGAUUUUUAUGUGAAUAUGGGAUUUAGACUUUGUAUGAAAUGAGAUGAACAGUAGUAAGUUCUCUUUAGCUGACAAAAUAAGACAGACAUAUCAACUUAGGAACUAUAAAAAGAAAAGUUGCACCCUGGUAUGGUCUAGCUGUCAAUAAACUAGGUUGAAAACAAUAGGAGAUGAGCCAUAUAAGGUGGCUCGUUCCACUUAAUUAGCUGCUAGAGAAGCUCUUUCAACUCGGGAAAACCUUAGAAAGAGGCAUAUAGCUUUGUUCAAGACGUUAUCUGUAUAGACAAGAGACAGAGACAAUUAACCAUCUGUUUUUACAUUGUAAAAUCACUAGCCAACUAUGGGAUAUGUUCAUAAACUUGAAGGGUGUCAUAUGGUCAAUGCUAGACAGUACUGUUGAAGUCCUUGCAAGCUGGAAUGAAGGAGACAUUUGUAAUAGAGGCAGAUGGAAAAUUGUCCCAGUAACUGUUUGGUGGAUAAUUUGACAAGGGAGGAACUAUAGAUGCUUUGAAGAUACAAAUUGCACUUUACAAACGAUCAAAUCAAACUAUAUUCUUAGUUUUCCUUUUGGUUUAAGUCUGAAUAUAUACAGAGUGAUGAUCUAAUUUUAGAAGUGUUAGGAUCCUUGAAAGAAGAGCAAGAAUUUUGUGAGUACCAUUUUGGAUUCCAGAACAAUCGUGCUGAUGUUUAUAUGUUUGUAUUCUAAAAAGAAAUAGGAGAUGAGGGUUCAAUCCUCAAUAGAGGCAAAAGUGUUUGGUAAUAUUCCUAAGCCAUGGUGGCCCAGAAACCUAGUACUGGUGCUAGUGUGAGGUACCUCAUACUUCGUGGCAUAGUUGUUGUGCAUGUAAGUUGGCCCACAAAUUACCGUUAUCCCAUACUGUAUGAAGUUUCGGUUUGUCUCAGUCUUGUGACCUAUAUUUUGGACAGAUUUUUCUUCAUAGCAGUGUUUAAAUGCAUGAAAUAAGGGGUAGCUUAUCUGACCCUACCGUCUGCUGACUAUGUUUGUGACCCAGGGAAGAGGUGAACACUUUGGCACCUACAUAAUGAAAAUUAUAGAUGAAGGCAAGGAAAAGGCCAGAGUGACUUCAAAGGGCCUUUAAGGCUUUCCAGGAAGGAAAUGUUUUGUAAUCAAAUACCGUGUUUUUUUCAUCCAUGAUAUAAUAGCAUGCGAAGUUUUGCCUUGUAGCAUCUUUGAUCCAAAUUUCUGUUUGUUCCCGUGUUCUCUGUUUUCAAGGCCUUGAAACUGACAUUUUAAGGACUGCAUUUUGAUUAGAUUGAUCAGUAAUUUUGGAGACACCUUAUCUUUUUUGCCUCUUCAAUGUUGCAUCAGCUUUUUACGCAUUUCAUAUUUGAUGGUUUAUACUGUAAAAGCAUGGUGACUACCUUGGAGUAUUAUCUCCAUUAUCAGUGGCAUUCAUGAAUCUUCAUCAUACCUUACUCAAGAUAUGCAUUGUCAUAUGCACAUAUUCCUGGUUGACCGUAAUUCCAAGCCAACCGGUGAGACCAUGCCAUACCUCUUUGGACCAGUCAAAUUCUGCAAAUAAGUGCCUAGCACUCUCGAUCACCUGCUUAUCACAGAGUACACACUUGUCAUCCACACAGUGCUGUCCCAAUCUUGCUAAUCUUUCCCUUGUGAGUAGCCUUUCCUGCACUGCAAUCCACAUUAGAAACCUCCGUUUUGGCAAUAACAAUUUGCUCCGAAUUAACUCAGCUCCCUCAAAUGUAGAUCUCCCUCCCUCCAAUGCAUUGUAGCUCUUGGAAGCUGAAUGCAUUCCAUAAGAGGUUAGAGUAUAUCUAUCCUGAUCACACCAACUAACCAUUCCCAUUCCCAGCUUGAUUUCGUGCAAGUGUUUCCAGUACCAACUGCAGAUAUUAGAAGGGUCAUGAGCCCAAAAAUUAUCAUCCCCUCUCAUAUAAAUAUAAUUCGCCCAGAGACAAGGUCAUAUUGUAUUUGCUCAUUAAAGAAUUGAUUAUUCAAAUAUUGCUAAUACAUUUGGUGUUUCUUUUUUCCAAGAUCCACAUGAUUUAUGUGAACAAUACCCUGAUUUUAUUGUAAUUUGUACUUCAAUUAUAUCCACUUAACCUGUACAUAAAUCACUGCCUAUUCAGAGGCUGCAAAGGAAUACCUUGUUUGUUGAUGUUUUGUCUGUUAAAGAAUUUCCUAAGAAUAUUUUUCUUCAAGUUUUGCCUACCCAUUUUGAUAUACUGUGUACUCAUCCUAUGUUUGGACCUGAAAGUGGGAAGGAUAGUUGGAAAGAUUUGGCAUUUGUGUUUGAUAAAGUUCGUAUCGGUGAAGGGAAAUCAAGAACAGCAAGGGAAAAAGAAGGGUGUAGGAUGGUGGAAAUGACAUGUUCUGAACAUUAUAGGUGUGCUGCUGGUUCACAGUUUAUUACACAUACAAUGGGGAGGGCGUUGGAGAAGUUGGAUUUGGAGACGACUCCGAUUAAUACAAAAGGGUAUGAGACUUUGUUGAAUUUAGUGGAGAAUACUACUAAUGAUAGUUUUGAUUUGUACUAUGGGUUGUUUAUGUAUAAUAAAAAUGCUAUGGAGGAAUUGGAAAGAAUUGACUUGGCUUUUGAGACUUUGAAGAAGGAGUUGUUUGGGCAUUUACAUGAAGUGUUGAGAAGGCAACUGUUUGGGAAAGCGGAGGAAGCAGGACAGAGGCAUAUCUUAACCAAAUUGCAGAAGAAUGGCUAUGCACUGCCAGCCCCUUCAUCGGAUGCCAUCAAAUCUCAGAACAACAACUGAGCAAAUUUCUGAAUCUUGGUAUGUUUGCAUUUCUGUUGGUGACCUUUUGCUUUGGGACUCAAAGGAUGUUCUAACACAAUUUUUGUUACAAUUCAAUAUUAGCAAUGUAACUAUCCUACAAGGACAUGCUCAUCCUGCUGCUUAUGCUGUUGUUUAAUUCAACCUUAGAGCUGGGGUUAGGUGUCGAAUUGUAAGACCAUCAAAAGAACUAUAAAUAUUUUUACCUGUAACGUCAGCUGUCCUUUUGAUAGUUUAGGAACAUUUGUGGUAGGAGAGUGACUUUUGAUGUGAUUACAUUUUAGAUGUUGAAGAAUGUAGUUUAGGAUGGAAAAUUCAUUUAACAUUAUUUGUUUGUUGCUGGAUAUGCUAUUCUGUAUCUCAUGUAUUUAUGUUUGAAGAUGAGAGUUAUGUGUUCGCUU